CCCCUGGCUUUUUGGGUUUGUCGGGGUGUGGUCACAGUCUCUGAGGUAGAAAUUUUAGUCGCACAGUCGUGAUGUGGAACAUCCUCCAUGGGUGGGGGCACUCAGUAAUACCCAUUGGAGUUACGGGUGGCCGUCUAAAUUUCGCUAAGGGGCAUGGAAUAGCCAGUGGGAACAUUUGAAAGGUAUCAUUUCGCAAGGGGACCCCCAUCAUUUCAACUGACCCCGCCCCUCAUGAGCACCCGCGAAGUUGGCUCCCGUUGAUCCGUGUCUAUUUGUCAUUAGGACGUGUGUUUUGUACAGAGGCGAGGUUCGGCGUCUGGGAACCGCACCUCACUUAAACCACAAUGGCGGAGAACGGUGAAACUGUGGAGACAGAAAACACAGAAGAUAACACCCAAGAAAACGUCGACGUCCCGGAUGAGAAACCGGUCGAAGAGCCAGCCAAGGACGCAGAUGAGACACCAAAGGAGGAACCUAAUGCCGCAGAGUCCAAAGUGAAGGAACUGACGGAUGAGAAGGGCAUGAACAUUAAGAAUUUAGCGUGUGCACGGUGUCAGAGUAUUGUUCUCCGUCCUGGGUUGGCAAAUGCUACUCAGAAAGAGUUUUUCCUGCCACACAUGAAAGUCAAGUCGGCCAAUCAAGAGCCAAAUGACGGGGAAACACUGCAGGACUUCUGGCUGGUAGAGGGCAUGUAUACAUUUGAAAACGUCGGCUUCACAAACACCGUGCAAAACAUCAAGUACCUGAUAUGUGCUGACUGCGAGGUCGGACCCAUCGGCUGCCACGAACUGCAAAACAGGGACAAUUUCUUUGUCGCAGUGGAUCGUGUGAUGUACACAUGAAAAUGCAUUGCGUACUCACACUGUCACAGGAUUUUAACUCUGCUGUUCAAGUAUCAUUCUGCUGUCUGGCCGAUGACUCUUUUUAUACUUAAAUUUACAUGUUUUCGGAGGAGGCUGGAGAUACAUACCAAAGUUAGAAAAUCUUUACUCUAGACCAGUUACACUUAAUUUUAAAAUGCAUGAACGUGUAUCAGAAAAUCUUUCAAUACAAAAGUACACUCUCCUGUGAAUUUGAACUUUCUACAUCAGUAAAAGAUUAGUGAUGUAAUUAAUCUGAAUAUUCAGAUGACGACAGAAUACUACAGAACCCUACCACUCUCUUGGACUCUGUUGGCUCGGUUUUACAGUCUUUCUCAAGGUAGAGUGAGCUUGGAAAAUCCCGGCCCUGGUACUCACGAUAGAUUUGGCAAAUUCUCCAUUAUUUCCAGGUGCAAAGACCUAUUGCAGCCUGGCUUUCCCAUCUUAAGUUCGAGUAAACGGUACAUGUAGACUGGA